GGCUAAUGUCACUGACGUCGUUCAUACACUGGGUUCACUGUAUCGCCAGGGUGGACAGUGUAGAUACUUUAGCAUUAAAUGGAAUAAAAUGCCGCGGAUUCUCGUGUACCGUCAGUUUUGUUCGGCGUAGUCCAGACAGAUUUCGUAUUCAAGACAGAUUUUCAUAUGAAGAAGGCGUCAGCAGACCUUGCUGGGGGGGUUUAUCAGCAAUAAUUCUGGGAGAGAAGUGACAUCCUCCACAUCACAGCAGCUGCACGGAAGUUUGUCACUUACAUCUCUGCUGAGCGAACGAUGAACUGAGGAUCCGGCGGGUCUUUAAUCGCACACUUCACCAGCCACUUUUCACCGUCUCUGCCUGUCGGAGAAGGAGUCGACCUUGUUGUCUCACCACACCUGGGCAGAGAAAUGUGUGUGCUCAAGUGUCCUCAGAUGCAUCAGUGUGUCUGAGCAAUUCUGGGAUUGAAGAAAAAGGCUGUGGACCGCGCAGAGAGACACAUUUUUCAUUUUACUGACGCUAUUCUGUGACUGCAGAAAAACAUGGGAAGGAAAAAGAUUCAGAUCCAAAGGAUCACCGACGAAAGAAACAAGCAGGUGACAUUCACAAAGCGAAAGUUCGGCUUAAUGAAGAAAGCCUACGAGCUGAGUGUGUUAUGUGACUGCGAGAUCGCUCUUAUUAUCUUCAACCACGCCAACAAGCUGUUCCAGUAUGCCAGCACUGACAUGGAUAAGGUGCUGCUCAAAUACACAGAGUACAACGAGCCUCAUGAGAGUCGGACUAACGCUGAUAUCAUUGAGACUUUGAGAAAGAAAGGCUUCAAUGGUUGUGACAGUCCAGAGCCGGACGGUGAAGACUCCAUUGAUCAAAGUCCUCUUAAUGAUGACAAGUACCGCAAGACCACAGAGGACCUGGACGUGCUGUUCAAACGAUAUGGACAGACAGCAGCUCCGCCUCAGACCUUCUCCAUGCCUGUCACUGUCCAGGCAUCCAAUCCAAGCACACUGCAAUUCAGUAACCCUGGCAACGCAAUGGUAACUACCUCCUACGUCACAUCCUCAUCGCUCACAGACACCCACCUCCUGUCGCCACAGCAACCAGCUCUCCAGAGAAAUACAGUGUCUCCCGGGUUGCCACAGCGACCAGCCAGUGCAGGUGCUCUUCUCGGUGGUGACCUGAAUAAUUCGAACGGAGGAUGCCCCAGUCCAGUCCCUAACGGAUACACCAGUGCACGGGCCUCGCCAGGUCUCCUCACAGUUUCCAACGGCAACAGUCUGGGGAAAGUAGUUCCGGCCAAGUCUCCACCCCCACCUCCCAGCCCCCAGAUGGUCAACAGCCGCAAGCCAGACCUCCGAGUCAUCACCUCACAGGGCGGGAAGAGCCUCGUGCAGAUGACAGAGGCUGAGCUGGAGUUGGUAAACGAGAACGCCCAGCGACUGGCAGCUGGAGCUCAGAUGGCGCAAACUCUGACCACACCGGUGGUCUCGGUGGCAACCCCCAGCCUGCUGGCUCAAGGGCUGCCUUUCUCCGCCAUGCCCACCGCCUACAACCCAGAGUUCCAUCUGACCAGUGCAGACAUCACCGCUCUACAUGCUCUGGCGUCACCUGGUGGCCUGUUGCCAACCAGCGUGUCGACAUGGCAACAGCAGCAGGCCGUCUCCCAGCAACCACAGCAGCAAACACAGCAGCAGCCUCAGCAGCAAGUCAACUUGGCCUCACUCAGCAACCUGGUCAUGUGGGGUGUGGACAAACAGAGCAGCGAGCUGACUAACCAGGUCACCAGUCUGGCUGCCAACCUCAGCGUUGGCUCUCCGUCCAACCUGCUCUUGGGUAGAGAUGAGUGGUUGGGCCGACCCGUGGCUCAUAUCACUCAAGGCGCCAUGCUGACCAGCUCCAACGUCAGCAUCAAGUCUGAGCCGGUGUCUCCUGGCCGGGACCGCAGCACUCCGUGCCCACCUCCGUCCGCCAGCACGCCGUCCUCCACCGCGGCAGGAGCCAUCCUGACCGCGCCGCCACAGUACCCGGGAUCCCUGCUGUGCUUGGAGCCGCCCACCGGCCGCUCGCCCGUCGACAGUGUCAGCAGCAACGCCAGUUCCUUCGAAGGAAGUGAUCGCGAUGAUGCAGCAGGGGGUGGCGGCAGUGGUGUCGGAGGAGGAGGUGGAGGAGGAGGAGGAGGAGGUGGGGGCGGUACCAUCACAGCAACUGGAGGCGUGGGGACAGGCCGGUCAGCUGCGACUGACUUCAGCAGCUCAGCAGAGCUUCUCAGGUCCACAAACGAACCAGAGCAGGAGGGAGGGAACAUCAAGCGGAUGAGAUUAGACGCCUGGGUCACAUAGGGGCCAGGCACUUGAGCUUCUCCACCAUCGGGGUUUUGGUGACACUUUCACACUCACACACACACACACACACACACACACACCUACACACACUGGCCCUCAUCUCUGACCCCGUCCUUCAACCACAUCAGCCUCGUCGACACGACUCACCCAGCAGACUGCAGAGGCUCAUCAUAAUAAUAAAUAUCUGAGGAUGGCUUCAGCUGCAUAUUUUUAAAAAAAGGCUCUUUGGAUCCAGGGCUGUCGAACUUUUUGAGGGACGGCUCUCGAACCAACUUUGUUAUAGUAGAAUCAAGGGUUGAAACCUUUUUGCAAUUUAGAGAAACCUUGAGAACUGUUGUCCCUCAGCAGGUUUCCACGUCACCGUCAUGUAUCGAGCUCCACUACAUAGUUCAUGGUGUGAUUGGUGAUCCAGACGUCAUGUGACUCCUGUGCUGUCCAUCUUAGCCAUCACUCAUUUCCAAACUGCACUUUUUGGAAUAACUGGGACAAGAGAAGGACAACUGACAAGCGCUGGAUCUUCUUGCUGCCACGUCGUCCGGCAGCGGUCUUUGCAACCUGGGGUGGGUGGGGGGAGGGGUGUGGCGGAGGAGUGUGCCAGCGUGCCAAUCGUCCACCUUUCCUCAAAUGAAACGCCAAUGCUGUUGGCAUCUGGUGCAGGGACAUCAUUCUCACGUCGCACUCAAUGAAAUGACUGUUGAUGGGCCUCAGUUUGGCCGCUCAUCGAAAUAGGAUGGAACGAUCUCCAGAGUCUCUCUGAUAAGUCUGUUUGCACGGUUCAGUACGUCGAGGUGACAGUUGAACAUGAAGCUGACGUGAACCACAAGUGGUUUUGGCUCCUGUUCACAAAUCACUGGUCUCUGCUGAAGUCAGUUGUUUGGACUGGGUUGCUAUUUAAUGCUUCAUGGAAGAGUCUUCAGCUCUACACUUGCAUCACUCUUCUCUCUCCUUCAUACAGAGUAUGAUCCAACCUCUUUCUGCGUUCUUUGACUGUUCCUCCACCACUCUUCUCGUCAUCGUCCUCCAGUCGCACCUUCAUGUCCUCGUUCAUCCAUGAACCUGAUUGGCUGUCUUCCUCUUCUUCCUUCUGCAACAUUCUUGGUCCACUCCGUAUGUCCCUGCAAACUUUUGUCUCCAUUCUCCUCCACAUGAGCUGUUCCUCUGAUACACUCAUGUACGGAGCCCUUCCAUAGCUGGAACAGCUCAGUUGAAGCUGCGUAGUUCAGGCACUUUGAGAUGGUAUGAACGCUUGGACUCGCCUCAUUGUACCUCCACAACAUCAGCAGCAGUGUUCUGGACGUGUCCCCAGGUCCAAGCGGCGUAGGCAAACUAGUCACUUAUCACAGAGACUCUGCUUCAGCCAGUAGAUUCCAUCCAAUUGAAAUAGUUUGUGAGCCUGUAGUGGCUUUUGUUGGGGGAGGGGAGGGCGGGCGUAUUUGGUUGUUCUUAUCUGUUGGUAUUUUAAACAUGGGUUUUAAAGGUCUGUUAGUCGUCCACGAGUAGGAACUUUGUAUAAAAUCACACCUUACACAGAAGCUUUGAUGUCCUCGCUAGUGCUCUCUACUUCUCCUUAUCUCUUUGCGGUGUUUCCAAAACGGUAAAGACAUUUUCUAUAUUUCUACCGCUUCAGUAGCUUCAACCGCGUGUAUGUACAUAUGGAUAUAUUUGCAUAGACUUUGCUAGGUAUCCCUAAAAACAAGCAAUGUGUUGAUUCUCAGUGGAUCUUUUUGCAUAUACGAGUGUGAAUUUGUUUCAGUGCAGGGGUUUCGCCGGGCGCCGCGGUGACGGCGGACGUGUUUCAGUACAAAUAUUUUAUGCUCGUGUUGAUGGUGUGUGCACUUUCUCACUCACAGAGGCCUGCUUGGUUGUGGUGUCAUCAUAUUCUCUUGCCACACUUUGAUAAAAAAGGAAAGGAAAAAAAAAAAAAAAGUACCCCCACGAUCAAAGUUUAAAUCACGACCCGGCACGACCCACAGACGAACCAGAUUUCACCUGUUUACGCGUUGAAAAUUGGCUAAUAAGUGCUGUGACGGUGUUUUAGUACAAAUGUGUUUAUUUACAAGUGUGUGUAUACGAGUGUGUGUUCACAAGUUCUCUAGUCUACAAAUAGAAAUUGACCUUUAUAUCCUUGAUGAUGUUUGUAUUCUCUCGUAAACAAACGUGGCGCAGUGACGCCACCACUCGGUCGCUAGUGUUAAGGAUCUCACAUUGGCUCCUUUAGCUAACUUAUAAUCUCACAUUUGCUAACUAUAGAGUUUACAGUUGUUGUGAAACGUUUUUACCGACUUUGAUGGACGGCGGCACGCUUCUCACUUUUUGAACUUUUGCUGGCGGAAAGCGCAGCUCGUACUUUGGCAUCUGCUGUAGCUAGGGACGCGGUCGUAGAACUAGCCAGCCAUUAAUUGUACAAGAACUCUCUGCUCACGGAACGUCCUGCAACAAGAUCCCGCAAGAACAGACUGUUAUUCCAUCCUUACGUUGUUGUUUUCACUUGUAAGGCUUCACGUUUGACCAGCGAUCUGAUAGUGGUCCUCUGCUAACAGCUAAUUGGGUUUGGAGGCUGCAGAAAGCUGCAGAAUUUGACUGGGAAUUCAGUGUUUUAUAAUCAAAAUGAAGGAAAAACCUCAUAUGGGCAUGCUAACAUUUGACACCAAAACUUCCUGAGCGGCUCGUGCUAACAACAGAGGCAUAAAACGACACGCUUAAACUGUUUAACAGUUCUAGUGGGCGUAGCUAAGCGUUGUGGCAUGUAUUAGCCAGCUGUCCUUGCUAGCAGGAGUUACCAAGCAUGCUAACAAGCGAACAAGGAAUAAGUCAGGAGGUCACUGUCGUAGUCUCUUCGCCCUAAAACCAUUCUCUCACUCAACAAAACUCAUAAACCAAGUCCAGAAUUAGUAAAGUCCCAUUUUUCAUGUCCAUUUUUAAAAGAUUUCUUUUUACGAAUGGCCGGGUGCAGACGUUCGACUAAAACGUGACGCCGCAGCGCUCGGCUUCAGCUUCCUUCUCACGCAGGAAAAGUUCUGUCAAUCCAGCAGUGUAGUCACAUGACAAUCUAUAUGAGAAAUGCACCCUGUUUCUUGUUGUGAACAAUGUUCUUUAGAGUUUUACUAUUUUGAAUUACUUUGUGCUGGUGACAGUUCCAUUGUCUCUUCUGAUGAUAACUUUGUUUUUCAACUGCUCUUUGAGUGUGGACAGCCAACAGUCUUCUUUUAUACCACCGUAAACAUAGUGCUGGUUUCCUUUUUGUUCGAAACAACUUGCUGAAAAUUGCACGAUAUUGUGGUAUUCGCAAUGGAAAUGAAGGAAACACAGUUUAAAUGCUGCAAUUUCAAAUAUAGAAUAUAUUUAUAAACAGGAACCAUCAUGGAUUUGACACAUGCAUGUGUGGAGGAAACCUUCCUAACACUCGGUUACCACAUGCAUCACAAACUCAGAAUAAUGUAGCAUAUGAAAUACUAAAGAGGAAAUUUAUAGCUAAUAUAUUGUGUUGAGCUAGUCUGCUUUGGGUUUUGUUGUAAAGAUGUUUUGUUGUUUUGGAGAAUGAUAUACAGUUUGUGUAUAUUUUCAUAUACAAAGUAUGCACUGAUAUGUUAUUGAAAUUCUAUACCGCUUUUACAAAAAAAGUGUUUGUUGUACCAAAGUAUCCAAGUCCCUUGAAACCUUCUCCUUUUUGCGUAUGUUUUACCGUAUUUUAUAUAUUAAAUGACAAACGAGUGAAAUGAAAAGCGUCUUGCUUCUUAUUG